GCUUCCCGCAAGGCCCUCUCUUUCUCUCGCUCUCUGUCUCUCUCUCUCUGCCAUUACCUACCCUAAAUGGACCUGCGAGAAAUCCACCACGACGACGACAAGGAUGACGAGGACAAGGUCGAGGCCGACUCCGCCUCCGAUAUCUACUUCGACGCCCUUGAUUCCUUCAUCGAGUCUGACGACGACGGCGAAAUUUUCUUCGAUUUGCCCCCGUCUCUCCAGCUUGAAUCGGCCUCCACCCCCCUCGACGUUUUGCCUUCAUCAGCAUCGACCCUCCGCCGGCGUCGCCAGCCGCCCCCCGAGGGAACCGACCCCGCCCCUAAAGCGAACUUGGAUUCCCCCGCCGACACGCAGCCGAAGAUUGAGCUCGAUAUGAAGCGACGGGUAUUGGGUUCGGAUACUCCGGCUUCUUCUGCUAUCACCUCGGAUCAGGUUAGUGCCGGAGGACGAGAUGGACGCCCGGGGGUUUCUAGGGAAUCGGGAGCGACGAGCCGUGCCCGUGAUAACGAGGUAGCGGCAGCUGACGCUGGAUCGGUGCCGUCCUGGUGCAUCUUGGAGUUUUCAGCUGAUCUGGUGAUCAAAGCUGUCUUCUUUCAGAUGACUUUGCUGGUCAGCUUCGUCAAGACAACCUUUUGGUUGUUUCAUUGCUCUUUCUUAUGCGUCACAGAUCCUCUCGGCACUCUUUACCGAGCAAGGGAUGGGGCAAAGGCAAGGGUUUCGGAAGCAUGUAAGAGUUUGUACGAGAAUAUUCUCCCGUUGAUGUUCGGAAGAUUAAUUAGACAGCGGGAAACGUGGAAAUUGGUGGUGAUGUUGACAUGGGGGUUCUUCUGGUCUCUCUAUGUAUGUCUCUUGUUGUUUGGGAUUUUGGCAGCCUCUUUCUUAGGAGCGAGUCUGAUCAUGAGGCGGGUGGUGGAAGAGCCCAUACAGAUGACCGAGGAAUUGAGUUUUGAUUACACAAAAACCAGCCCGGAAGCUCUUGUGCCAAUUGUUCCUUGCGUUGGUUGCUUGGUUUCCAGCAAAGAAUUCAGCAUUGUGACCCAUGAAUUUCGGCGGCUGGCGCCUCCAAAUCAAAAGCUGCAGCUUACCAUUUCAUUGACUCUGCCAGAAUCGGAUUACAACAGAAAUCUUGGGGUCUUUCAGGUCAGGGUGGAACUUCUAACUAUAAAUGGCAACAUCACAUCCAGUUCACGUCAACCAUGCAUACUUCGCUUCAAGAGCUCUCACAUUCGCUUCGUAGAGACUUUCCUUAAAUCCAUGUUUCUAUUAGCAGGCUAUUCUUCUGAAACACAGGUUCUGAGUUUAAGAAUGAGAGGCCUUAUUGAAGGAACUAAACCAACCAUAUGCGUAAGGGUCACACUAGAGCAGAGAGCAGAGUUUAGGCCUGGUGCUGGUAUCCCUGAAAUUUAUUCUGCAUCUAUGAAACUUGAGGUUGAGCUUCCUUUCUUUAAGAGGAUGAUAUGGAACUGGAGGAAGACUGUCUUCAUCUGGACCAGUAUGAUGUUAUUUAUCAUGCAGUUGCUGAUUCUUCUUGUAUGUUGCAGACCUGUUAUAUUUCCCAGGGGAAGAUCUAAUGGUGGUACUCCUAGGAGACCAUAGUACGCGAACUUUAUAUGCAUAAUUGUGAGAGUAAUAAUCUUUCUGCUGGAUUUAUUGUGACUUUUAUGGCUGCUGGAUAUAAUGGUUAUCUUCAGAUUUCAUCUGAUAAUAGUCAUGAUGUACACUUUGAGUUUGUUCAACACUUUUGAUCAGUCAGUGGCAUCCGGUAUGUUUUCCAAUUUCUGAGGCACAAUAGAAACAUGAAAUAUGUUUUGUAUUAUAAAUUUUAUUUUCUGAACAAUUUAACAAAGUACUUCUGUUGAGAAGGACAAGAAUCUAGUGUUAUACAAAUAUAUUGAAUUGAAGAAUACUUAUGUGUGCAAAUUUAAGGUGUUGGUAGGUUAACUAAUCCUGUUGAUUGGCGACUAAGUAACAACCGCAUGAAUAUAUUGAACAGGGUCUUUCUAUUUAUGUUGUUAUAAGUAUUUAACAAGUGAGGCAAGAAUGAGACAGCAAUUUAUUGAGUUACCUUUCAUUUGUUGACAAUAAUACAUUAAAAUAUAUACCUCAAACAAAUGAAGCUGUUGCCUAGUAGAUUUAAUGGUAUGCUCACGUGUUGCCUUUAACAAACACUUUCACCAAUUGGACAUGGAGAAGAAACCUUUCAAGAUAUGAACUAAAAGACUGUACUAAUAGAUCAACACUUUAUUGCAUGAAAAAAGAGAUAACAAGCAUGAGAAUGAGCCUUAAAUGUUUAUGAGCAUGUCUAUCUAUAGGUAUAAUAAUGCCUGAAUCUCCUAAUUUAAGAUGACUGUAAACUGGCUAGAAAUUUGUAUCUAAGUUAAAAUCCUUUUAAAAGUGACCCUGAUAUUUUAUGUUUCUUAGUCCAGUCAACCUUAUUUAGGCCCCAAACAAGGGUAGUGCCGGUACCAGUUGGUAGCCGAACUGUUAUGGCAUCAGUACGAACCCAACUUAUCAUCACUCGAUACAAUUGUUAUUGCUCGGACCAAACUGAAGGAAGAAGAGAGGAGGAGGAGGUGGCAGUAGUGAGACAGCUUGGUGGAGGGAAGAAAGAGAGCAUGUGUGGGAGAGAGAAAGAAAGAGUGGUAACCAUUGAUAAAAUUACCAUUUAGGACAAUCUGAUAUUGGUCUGCUUAUUACCCACUAUGCCUGAUACAAUGAACUUACCAGGUAGUAUAGGCUGUACCAAACCUAACCAGGUGAAAUUGCCCAGUCUGUGUCCUGGUUGGUCAUGGGACUGGUAUAUUUAAUGAUUUGAUCAUCCAUAUGGAUUUUUCAUGUGGAUGAGGCUUAUGACUAAAAAUUUCUUUGAUAUAAAUUUGAAUAAGUAUAAUUUUGAUCAUUUUCUAAUUCUUCCUACAAUCUCCAAUCGAUUAUUCUAGGCUAUUUAGGACAAUGUUGAUGACCAAUUAAAGCCCCUGUUGUGUCUGGUUAGGAUAGAUUUAGGUGAGUUAGAUGGUUAGAUGUGUUGAGUGUUAGGACUCACAUGGUAAGUACUUUUCCUUUUCAGUUCAUCUUGCCCUUUAAGGUGACACAUUGAUAUCUCUAAUCUAAAACAUGAUAUAAAUUGAGAAUAUGGCAUCUUGAUAUUCAUAUUAGUAUAGCAUACUUGAGUUUCAACUUCUCUACCAUUCCAAUUGCAAUUAAUUGUCAUGGUGUCAAAAGGGCUGGAUCAAGUUUAGUGUUUCAAACACUAUACCUAGAAUAACAAUAACCUUUUCAUAUAUGUAAUGGAUCUUGAUACAUUUCAUUUUUAGAAGUUGUUUUGUACAUUUAUGCAUCUGGAGGUGUUUGACCAUCUAGUCUAUCACUCAGGUAAACUUUGCAAGGCUUGAUGAUAUUUUAUUAUAGACAAAUUUCUUUGCAAAUGCCCACAUUUAUGAAUGUGUUAACCUGGUUGCAUAUAGAUCAGUAACCAAGAUUUCAAAUCUUGGUCUGAUACCAAUGUCAAUCAUUGGUGAACCCGUACAGUACCAGUAUGGCUGGAUGUAUUGUGUCUUGGUAUGCACUUGUGCGAUUGUUAUGGAUAUGGCUAGAGAGGAGUAUGGUGAAGUAGGCGAGGGGGGAGGAAGAUGAUUCUACAUCAGUGAACAAGUUUCAAUUACAUGUUUACAUCAUUGACUUGGCAUAAUGGUUUUCUUAGUAAUAUCACACAUUGCACUUGCAUCCUGAAAUUGCUGGACCAUAUCUGUUGUCCAAGCAUCUCUUCAUGUAAAAUAUAUCAUCCUGUUACUUGUUGCAGGUAAUACUACUUUCGGUGAAUAACUUUCAACAUGGUUACAUUAUUGACUUUGCAUAAUGUGUUUCUGAAUUUUCAUAGUAGGUUGAAACACAAACUGCAUUUGCAUUCUAAAAUUGCUGAAUUAUGUCUUGUGCAAACAUAGCUUCAUGUAAGAUUUUUCAUCUUGUUACUUAUUGAUGGUGAUACUAGUUCUAGUGAACAAUUCUCAGUAACAUGUUUACAUCAUUGACUUUGCAUAAGGUUUUUUCUAAUUUUCAUAGUAGGAUAUAACACAUGUUGCAUUUGCAUUCUAUAUUUGCUGAACCAUCUAUUGUACAAGCAUCUCUUCAUGUAAAAUUUAUCAUCCUCUUACUUGUUGCAGGCAAUGCUACUUUGAAUGAACAACUUUCAGUAACAUGUUUACAUCGUUAAAUUUGCAUUAUAGUCUUCUGAAGUUUUUAUACUAGGUUGUAACACACAUCAGACUUGUAUUCUGAAAUUGCUUAACAAUCUGUUGUGCAAGCAUCUCUUUAUGUAAAUUUUGUCAUCCUUUUACUUGUUGCAGGUGUAAUAUCUUUACAUCAUUGAUGUUGCAUAUUAGUAGGUUAUAACACAUUCAUUUGCAUUGUAAAAUUGCUGAAUCUUGUGCUAGUAUCACUUUAUGUAAAAUUUAUCAUCUUGUCGUUGCAGGCAGAGUGGCAUACUACUUCACCGAAACAACUAAUAUCAUGUUUACAUCAUUAAUUUGCACAAUACUUUUCUGAAAUUUUCUAGUAGGCUGUCAUGCAUUGUACAAAUCUAGUUAAGGAGAUGCUGCAGUGUUUUCUUCGCACCGCAGGUGGCAUGGUAUCAUUUGCAGGUCGGAAAGGCCACAAAGUAGUCAUCCACAAGUCUUCUUAGUGGUAAAGGAGUUCAACAAGAUCUACGUAACAGGCUUGCCAACUGUCUUCCCUUUCAUUAAUCAUGUGAUGAUAUCUUGCUCCCUUCUGUUUGAGCCACCACAAGUAGACUUUUCACACAUCUAAGCUUGUAAUGUUGUGGGUCUUUUUGUAACUGUAAUUUAAAUGGUCACUUAAGCUGUCAAAUGGUAGAAUAAGAUAUUCAUCUUCAAUUGCUGA